AUGGAACUCAACCGAGAACGUUUUCGCGCCAUAAUUUAUUACAACUUUCAGAGACAAUUAUCGCACCAAGAAUGCCUUGCUGAGUUACUGCUUGUUUUCGGCAACGAAGUGCCACAUCAGUCGACAAUCUCCCGUUGGUAUGGAGAAUUCAAACGUGGACGUGUCGGUCUUAGCGACGAUCCCAGGGUGGGUGCACCAAAAACGGCAGUCACCCAGGAAGACCCGUCCUUGAAGAUCUCAAAGACGUCAAUUCAAAAAAUUUUACAUGAAGAAUUAGGAGUAAGAGAAUUAGUUUCUGGUUGGAUACCCCACCUGUUGACUGAAGAGCAGAAAGCAAUCAGGGUUAAUUGGUGUCAAAAAACGCUUGACCGUUUCAAUUCCGGAAACUCAAAAAAUGUGUACAGCAUUGUUAGUGGUGACGAAUCGUGGAUUUACUGUUCUGAACCAGAAAAUAAACGACAGUCGGCUGUUUGGGUGGUCGCGCCAUUUGUGUCAAAAGCGGGUCAUAUUGCAACAAGUCCUCUUAAUGAGCAAAGAACUCUUCGAAAAAUCAACCCCGAAAGAAGAAUCAUCCUCCACCAAGGCAAUGCAAGCUCGCACACAGCCCAAAAAACAAGGCAGUAUUUAACGGAGGAAAACGUGGAAUUAUUGGACCAUCCUCCAUAUAGUCCCGAUCUAACUCCUAACGAUUUCUCUACUUUCCGGAAAAUUAAAAACAGACUGCGUGGUCAAAGGUUCCAGUCACCAGAAGAAGCAUACAAAAAUGCCGUUUUGGAUCUGCCAGCAAACGAGUGGAAUAAGUGCUUUGAAAAUUUUUUCGAGCGCAUGCAGAUUUGUAUUAAUCUUCGUGGAGAAUACUUCGAAUAA